GGUCCGGAAUCCCCACCAGGAGGCAGCCCUGGGUGCCCGACAGCGUGUGGGCUUAUCCUGUGCACUAGGUAUGGAGGGGCUGUCCUGGUGGAGGGCCCCCUGGUCACCGAGGUGGUCAUCCCUGUCAGUCCCGCUCCCUCCCGAAGGCGGGAUUCCAUGAUGAAGUUAAUCCUCAUGUCAAUCAUCGGUUAAUUAACAGUCCUGAGCCUCAGGUGGCGGGCUCAGCGAGAGGGCUAGUCAGAAGGUGGGCCUGGAGAGGAGCCAUGGGGGGGGGAGUGGAGGUCCUGGGCUCACUCUGUGCCCCACUGGCUGGGGGCUCCCCCUCUUUCAGGGGUGCUGCUUUCCAUGGGAUUUGGAUUUGUGGAGUACCAGAAGCCGGAGCAAGCCCAGAGAGCCCUCAAACAGCUGCAGGGUCACAUUGUGGACAGCCACAAGGUGGAUGUGCGGAUCUCAGAAGGAGCCACCAAGCCAGCCCUGACCUCUGCCCGGAAGAAGCAGCUUCCCCGAAGCAGACCUCGUCCAAGAUCCUGGUGCGGAAAAUCCCCUUCCAGGCUGACCGCAGGGAGAUCCGCGAGCUCUUCAG